AUGGCAACAUCCGCAUCACAUUACUUAUUGGAUGAGAGUGUUGAAGCUCUUAAUCAAAUUGAUGGAAUUAGUGGAGAAGUAUACGCAAAAGCUAUUGAGAAGUUUGAGAACGAGGAUAAAAUAUCUUUGAACGUUGCUCGGUUCAACAAGGAUAAUUUACUGGACGAUUCAGAUAAUGAGUUUGGAGAGAUUUUGUUAUAUUUUGCUUGCGAGGAAUAUAAUCAAUUAUAUCUAUCUAAGCAACCUUGUAGAAACUCAGCUCUUUCAGGCCAUGAAUACGUUAUGGAAGUGUUGCAUGGGCAUUGGAGUAGGUGUUAUGAUUUGUUCAGAAUGAACAAAGAUGUCUUCAAACUAUUUUGUGGUGUUCUAAAAGAAAUUUUUUUAUUAAAGAACUCACGAUAUCUGUCUGUUGAAGAACAAGUGGCUAUGUUCUUAUUUGUCAUUGGCCAUAAUGAACGACAUCGUGUGGUUGCUGAACGAUUUCAGCACUCCAUCUCAACCACAUCUCAUUAUUUUAGGAAGAAUUGUGUUGGAGCUAUAAAUGGGACUCAUAUUUCUGCGCAUGUUCCAAUUGAUGAACAAAUACCAUAUCGAGGUUGGAAAGUGGAUACAACUCAAAACGUUAUGUGUGUAUGUUCAUUUGACAUGAAGUUCACAUACGUUGUUCCUGGAUGGGAAGGAUCAACUAAUAAUGCACGAGUUCUUCUAGAAUGUGCCACAAACCCAGAUUAUGGAUUUCCAAUGCCGCCCCAAGGAAAAUAUUAUCUUGUUGAUUUUGGCUAUACAAACAUGCCUGGUUUUCUUUCACCAUAUCGAGGAGAAAUGUAUCAUUUGGGCCAGUACACAGAUCUUAAUCCCAUAGGCAAAAAAGAGCUUUUCAAUUAUCGACACUCUUCCUUGAGAAAUGUCAUUGAGCGGUGUUUCGGCGUGUUGAAGGCUCGCUUUCCAAUCCUAAAACAAAUGCAUUCAUAUGAUCUAAGAAUACAAAAGUACAUUGUCAUUGCUUGCUGUGGGAUUCACAAUUUUAUAAGGACAAAUGCAGAAGCAAAUGUAUAUUUUGAUGGAGGUGAAGGAAAUUCUGAAGUACAGGCCACUACUUUACAAAGCACAGAUGGAACUUUGACUGAUAGUGUAGAGUUCAGUAUUUUUAGAACUCAUAUAUGUGAAAUGACUCAGGUUCGUGAUGAAAUUGCUGAUCAUAUAUGGAGAGCUAGCCGACGAUAG